AUGAGUGACAAUAUAUUUAAAGAAGUAAUUAAUCAUUCAACUGGACAACGUGAAUGGAAAUUAGUUAAUGAGGAUAAUAUUGAUUUGGCAAAAGAAAUUGCAAUAACUGGAUUUGGUGAUAUGAUUUUAGAUAAAAAUAGAAAUGAUUUAUAUGAAAAAGGUUUAAUAGAUGCUAUUAAAAAAAAACAUGAAAAUAAUGAGGAGGCUAGAGUUGUUGAUAUUGGAUGUGGAACAGGAUUAUUAAGUUUAAUGGCUGCAAGAGCAGGAGCUGAUUCUAUAACUGCUUUUGAGGUUUUUAAACCUAUGGCUGAUAUUGCAAGAAAUAUUUUAAAUUCAUCUGAAUAUAAAGAUAAAAUUCAUUUAGUUACAACACGAUCAACUGAUGUUAAUCCUAAAGUUUUAGGAAAACUUGGAAAUAUUAUUGUAGCUGAAGUUUUUGAUACUGAACUUAUUGGUGAAGGUGCUUUAAAAACUUUUAAAGAAGCUCAUGGUAGUCUUGUAGAAAAAGGAUCUAAAGUUAUACCUUCAUCAGCUAAAGUAUAUGUCGUACCAUUUGAAUCAAGUAUAUUAAGAAGUUUUCAAACAAUUAAAUCUAAUAAAACAAUUAAAAAUCCAUUUGCUUUUUGUUCUGGAUAUCAAAAUGUAUUUGAUUGUCAAUUAAGUGAAAUGGAUAUUCCUGAUUUAAUAAUUCUUUCAGAACCUGUUGAAGUAGGAAAUUUUAAUUUUGAAGAUCCUGAUAAUUUAUUCUAUGAAGAAAUUAAUUAUAGAAGAUUUACAGUAACUAAAGAAGGUCAACAUAGAGUUGAUGGUUUUAUUUUUUGGUGGGAUAUUGAUAUGACUGGUGAUGGAAAUUGUAUUAUUUCUACAGUACCAAAAUUUAUUGAUAAAGAUAGAUAUGUAUGGAGAGAUCAUUGGAUGUCAGCUGUUUAUUAUCCUCCACAACAAUUGAUUGUUUCUGAAGGUGAUGCAGUAGAUUUUAUUUGUGCACAUGAUGAAUAUAGUUUUUGGUUUCAUCUAGGAAUAGCUAGUAUUGAUGCUCCAACUUGUGAUUGUGGAAUUCAUAUGUUAUUUUCACGAAACAGUAUUCAUAGAAUAAAUAAUUUACCUCAAGAUACAAAAUAUAUGGAUUGUUUAUACAAAAAUUGUGAAGGUAAAGAUGUUGUUUGUCUUAAUGAAGGUAGUUUUAUUGGAUUAUAUGCAGCUCAGACAGCUCGUAAUGUUACUAUAGUUGAAGAAAAUUCAACUUUUAGAAAAAUUUUGGAAAAAUUUAUUGAAUUUAAUGAAAUUAAAAAUAUAACUUUAAUUUCAAGUUUAUAUUAUGUUCGAGAAUUUUUUGAUUAUGUUAUUAGUGAACCAUUUUAUUUAACAGCAAUUUUACCAUGGGAACAUUUUAGAUAUUUGUAUGAUUUAGAUAGACUAUCUUGUGAAUAUGAUAUUGCACCAGAAAAUUUAUUCAUUAAAAAAGCUGAAUUAAAAUGUAUACCAUUAUAUGCAGAAAAUUUAUGGAAAAUUGGUGCUCCAGUUGGAACAGUAAGUGGUUUUGAUUUAACUGGCUUUGAUGACAUUACCCAGGCUGCCAGAAGAGCAACAAUCUCAAUUAUUGAAGCUCAUCCAUUAUGGGAAUAUACAAAUGUUGUUGCUGGUGAUGUUAUGUCACUUAUUGAAAUAAAUAUGACAGAUUCAUUAGAUGAAAUUAAAGAAUGGUUAUCAAAUUCAUGUUUUGUUCCAUUUACUAAUUCUAAAUGUAAUGUUGUGGCUUUUUGGAUUGAUUUUACCUUAGGUGAUGACUAUUUUAUUCAUACCACUGGUUUUGAAAAUUUUAAAGAUUCAAAUAAUACUAUACCUUCUUGGCGUAAAUCUUGUAAACAAGGAAUAUAUUUUGUAGAUCUCACAAAGAAAGAUAAAAUUAUUAAAGGUAUUAAUGUUGAUAUAUCUAUGAACGAAUACGGUGGAUUAGAUUUUAUUAUUCAAGAGCAAUUUGAUUAA